AUGGAGACAAUCAAGCAAACUGUCGCCCAGAAUAUGGGCAUUCAGGGGUCUCAUGAACAGGUGCCGGAAGGCCAGCGAUUCGACCUUGACGACACGCCCAAUCUCAAGGGGAAGGUCGCCGUCAUCACUGGUGGGUCUGAAGGUAUUGGUUAUGGCGCCAGCCACACACUCCUCGCCCACGGCAUCGAGAAACUUUUCAUCCUUUCGGUAUCGAAAGAAGUGGUCGAUGGCUCGAUCAAUGCCAUCAAGGAAGAGAUGGGCGAGGAGACAGCGAAGAAGGUUACAUGGUUGGAGUGCGACCUUUCAGACUGGAAGAAAGUGAAGCAGACAGCGGAUAAGAUUGCAGGCAGUACCGACAGGAUUGACAUCUUGAUCAAUAAUGCAGCGAGGGGGAUCAUGACAUACCAAUUAACCGACUAUGGGGUCGACCGUCACAUGGCCGUAAACCACAUGGCCCAUGUAAUCCUCACUUCGCACCUGCUUCCCAUCCUGAAGAAGACGGCUUCCAACGGCAACACCGUGCGCAUCAGCAACCAGGCCUCGAACGCCCACCAAGCCACACCCUCAGAUACAAAGUUUGAAUCCUUAGACGAGCUAAACAGAGACCUUGGUCCAAAUGGUCAAUACGGUCGCUCGAAGCUCGCCGCAAUCCUCUACUCGCGCUACCUUAACCGUCACCUCACCUCCUCGCAUCCCAACAUUCUCGUAAACGCCACGCACCCCGGUUUCGUCGAAACCAAGAUGUCUUCGCAGGACAUCCAUGAGCCAUACCCCCUAGGCGGCUACGCCAUGUCCAUCGGCAUGGCGCCUCUCAAGAAGAACAUCAUGCAAGGAUGCGUCAGCACCGUCUUCGCUGCUACGGCUACGACAAAGAGUGGAGAGUACAUAUGUCCUCCCGCCGUGCCGGAGAGCGGCCAUGCGAUGGCACAGGAUGAGCAGCUAGGGGAAAACUUGAUGAAGCUGACGAGGGAGAUCGUCAAGGAGAAGACCUAUGAGGAUUCAGCGGCGAAAGGGUGUCCGUUCACGGAUUAUUAG